GUAGUUUCUUUCAUUCAGAUUGUUCUGCAGGUCCUUCGCAAGCCCGUCGUCUACUGAGAUGUAAAGGUUACUGAGCAGACUUCACGUAUCCUUUGAACAAAGUGACGAACCCUGUCAUUGGUUUAUUACAGAAUACUGUAGGAAAACACUUAGUCAACCAAACGUGGAAAGGGACGGAGCUCAUGUAUCCUUUUUGCGAAGUGUUACUGUUGUUGUUCUUGUUGUUCUUGUUUGUUUUAGCUUUGUUCUUGCAGUCUCAAGAGAAGAUGCAGCGAUUGUGGAUACAGUGUGCUUGUGGAUAGAUGGUCAUUGACCGAGAGUUGAAAGGUUAAACCGAUUCUGGCCAUCAUCUUCUCAAUGAACUGACGAAUGACCACGGCGACGACGGUCCCAACGACGCUGCAUGUAACAACAGCAGCACAGACCACGAUUCCAACGACACGACAUGUAACAACAGCAGCACAGACAACGAUUCCAACAACACGGCAUGUUACAACAGCAGCACAGACCACGAUUCCAACAACACGGCAUGUAACAACAGCAGCACAGACAACGAUUCCAACGACGCGGCAUGUAACAACAGCAGCACAGACCACGAUUCCAACGACUGUGAAUCCUACAACCCACUUGACCACGAUUUCAACAACAGAACUAACAACUCAGCAGUCGACUCAACAGACCACGAAACAAACUACUCAAGAAACUACUGAAGAGACGACAGAACAAACAACGAUCCCAACAACUAUUGUGCCAACGACACUGAUUACAACGGUUCAACCAACAACGCAGGUUACUACGGAGAAGACAACGCCUAUAGAGACCACGAAACAAACAACUCGGCAGUCGACCCUACUGACUACUGAAAAAACAACGAUUCCAACAACUGUUUUACCAACGACACUGAUUACAACGGUUCAACCAACAACGCAGGUUACUACGGAGAAGACAACACAGCCGACUACUGCAAAAAGUACACAAGAUACUACGAAACAAACAACGAGGCAAUCUACAUUACUGACUACGGAACUGACUACUCAAGAUACUACAAAACAAACGACUCGGCAAUCAACCCUACUGACUACUGAAAAAACAACGAUCCCAACAACUGUCUCACCAACGACACUGAUUACAACGGUUCAACCAACAACGCAGGUUACUACGGAAAAGACAACGCCUAUAGAGACCACGAAACAGACAACCAGGCAAUCGACUCAACCGACUACCGAAGAAACUACUCAAGAUACUACAAAACAGACAACAAGACAAUCAACACUACUGACUACCAAACUAACUACUCAAGAUACUACAAAGCAAACAACGAGGCAAUCGACUCAACAGACUACCGAACUGACUACUCAAUAUACUACGAAACAGACAACGAGGCAAUCAACCCUACUAACUACUGAAAAAACAACGAUCCCAACAACUGUCUCACCAACGACACUGAUUACAACGGUUCAACCAACAACGCAGGUUACUACGGAGAAGACAACACAGCCGACCACUGCAAAAAGUACACAAGAUACAACGAAACAAACAACGAGGCAAUCUACAUUACUGACUACCGAACUGACUACUCAAGAUACUACAACGCAAACAACGAGGCAAUCGACACUACUGACAACUGGGCAAACUACUAGUCUGACUACUGAACAAACAACAGAACAAACAACGCUCCCAACAACUUUUUCGCCAACGACACUGAUUACAACUGUUCAACCAACAACGCUUCGUACCACAGAGGUCACAACAGAGAUGACAACGCCUCUAGAGACAACGGAGAGGACAACGCAACCAACCACUGAGAAAACUACGGAUGAGACCACGGAACUAACAACUGGGCAGUCAACCCUACUGACUACUGUACAAACUACACUUCCGACUAGUGCAGAGACGACAGAACAAACAACUCGGCAAUCAACCCUACUGACUACUCAACAAACUACUGUCCCAACUAGUGUAGAGACAACAGGACAAACAACGUUACCAACAACUUUUGAUCCAACGACACAACCGAUUACAACGGCUCCUCCAACAACGCCGUUCACUACCGAGCAAACUACACGUCCGACUAGUGUAGAGACAACAGGACAAACAACGUUACCAACAACUUUUGAUCCAACGACACAACCGAUUACAACGGCUCCUCCAACAACGCCGUUCACUACCGAGCAAACUACACGUCCGACUAGUGUAGAGACAACAGAACAAACAACGUUACCAACAACUUUUGAUCCAACGACACAACCGAUUACAACAGUUCAACCAACAACGCAGCUUACAACGGAGAAGACAACAAUACCACCGACUACGCCUAUAAAGACCACCAAGAAAACGACACAGUUGACCACCGAAAGGACUACAGACGAGACCACAGAACUUACAACUCGGCAAUCUACCCUGCUGACUACUGUACAAACUACACGUCCGAUUAGUGUUGAGACAACAGAACAAACAACGUUACCAACAACUUUUGUUCCAACUACACAACCGAUUACAACGGCUCCACCAACAACCCCAUUCACUACGGAACAAACUACAAGGCCAACCACUAAAGAGACGACUGUUGUCGGUACUACUGAGGGGACCACAGCACCAACAACUGUUGAAACUACAAAACAAACAACUCGGCAAUCUACCGAACAAACUACACGUCCGACAAGUGUAGAGACAACAGAACAAACAACGUUACCACUAACUUUUGUUCCAACUACACAACCGAUUACAACGGCUCCACCAACAACCCCAUUCACUACGGAACAAACUACAAGGCCAACCACUAAAGAGACGACUGUUGUCGGUACUACUGAGGGGACCACAGCACCAACAACUGUUGAAACUACAAAACAAACAACUCGGCAAUCUACAGAACAAACUACACGUCCGACAAGUGUAGAAACAACAGAACAAACAACGUUGCCAACAACUUUUGAUCCAACGACACAACCGAUUACAACGGCUCCUCCAACAACGCCGUUCACUACCGAACAAACUACACGUCCGACUAGUGUUGAGACGACAGAGCAAACAACGAUCCCAACAACUCUUGAUCCAACAACACUGAUUACAACGGUUCAACCAACAACGCAGCUCACAACGGAGAAGACAACAAUACCACCGACUACGCCUAUAGAGACUACCAAGAGAACGACACAGUUGACCACUGAAAGGACUACAGACGAGACCACAGAACCAACAACUCGACAAUCGACGAUACUGCCUACUCAACAAACUACACGUCCGACUAGUGUAGAGACGACAGAACAAACAACGCUCCCAACAACUUUUGUUCCAACUACACAACCGAUUACAACGGUUCCUCCAACAACCGCGUUCACUACGGAACAAACUACAAGGCCAACCACUGUGGAGACGACAGUUGCCGGUACUACUGAGGGGACCACAGCGCCAACAACUGUUGAAACUACAAAACAAACAACUCAGCAAUCGACCCUGCUGACUACUGUACAAACUACACGUCCGACUAGUGUAGAUACGACAGAGCAAACAACGCUCCCAACAACUCUUGAUCCAACGACACUGAUUACAACGGUUCAACCAACAACGCAGCUUACAAUGGAGAAGACGGAACCAACGACUCGGCAAUCGUCGCUACUGCCUACAGAACAAACUACACGUCCGACUAGUGUUGAGACGACAGAACAAACAACGCUCCCAACAACUUUUGUUCCAACGACACAACCGAUUACAACGGCUCCACCUACAACCCUUUUCACUACGGAACAAACUACAUAUUCCACUAGUGUAGUGACAACAGAACAAACAACGAUCCCAACGACUUAUGAUCCAACGACACAACCGAUUACAACGGCUCCACCAACAACCGCAGAGACCACAGGUCGAUCAACAGAACCUACUACGGCCUUGACAACAAGUAAUCGUACAACCUACAUAAGUACGGUCCUUUCAACAAUCUUCCCAACGAGCCUACCUUCGACGCUUCUCCCAACCCUGUUCACUACGCAAGGAACUACAAGGCCAACUACUGACGAGACGACACUAGAGACGACAGUUGUCGGUACUUCUGAGGGGACCACAGCGCCAACAACUAUUGAAACUACAAAACAAACAACUCUGCAAUCAAGUUUUCCUACAACGUACUUUACAACAAUCCCUACAACAGCGAGCUUCACUACUCCGAAAGUCACAACGGUUGUACCAACGACGCAUGUCACAACGAUGCCACCGCUGUUAACCACAGAGCCGGGUACCACAGUAGAGACAACGCCUGUAGAUGCCACAGAAAGGACAACACAGCCGACCACUGAGAGGACUACAGUCACCACUGUUCGCACGAGCGUUGUAACCUCCCAACCACCAUCGACAGGUAGUACACAAACGGGUGACUUUCAGGAUAGACCACGUGAUCACUACUAGCCACUGCCUAUGAGUCUAUAUGCGCGAUGCGUUCGCUUGGUCUUGUACAGCUCCCAUUUCGGCAAAGGCACAGGCGUAGGGACAAA